UCGGCCUUAAUUUAUAGGCUUCAAUUUCUACGUGAAAAUAGUGUCCGUCUUAUUCGUUCGUUCAUUCGAUCGGCGAAUUACCGUGCAAGAUCAGUAAACAUGCCAGAAUUAACGGAACUUGACAAGGCGGCGAGCUCGGAGCCGACAAAGGUGGAGUUGGUAGGUAUCGGUUCUGCAACUGAUUCUGACUCAGACGAUACUAUACCGGAAUUAGAAGAUGCUGGCACUCCGGGUACCGUCGGUUUUCCUGGUACAACAGUCACUGGACUUCCUAUUGAUAUGGUGUCCAAGGCCAAGCAAAGCCGUGGAGAAAAAAAAGCUAGGAAGCUCAUGAGCAAAUUAGGAUUGAAGCCGGUUCAAGGAGUCAAUAGAGUAACUAUUCGUAAAUCAAAGAAUAUUCUGUUCGUUAUAAACAAGCCAGAUGUUUUGAAGAAUCCAGCUUCAGAUACUUAUAUAGUAUUUGGUGAAGCCAAGGUAAUGAAGUAACUCUGAUUGUGUAAUAUAUAAUAAGUAGAUCACAUUUAUUGAAUUCCUUAUUUUAUGAUGAUUACUGAGGUUGUAGCUCCUAUACAAGAAGAAUCAGAAGAAGAGGUAGAUGAAACAGGCGUGGAAGAAAAAGAUGUUGAUCUGGUUAUGUGUCAAGCUAAUGUAUCACGAGGGAAAGCUAUUAAAGCUCUUAAGAAUAAUCAAAAUGACAUCGUCAAUGCUAUUAUGGAAUUGACAAUGUGAUAGAGCUGCUUAAAAGUAGGAUAUACGCUGACCGUUCCGAGAUUGUAAUUUCGUUAUACGUACCAUCAGAAAGUGUCAUUCUUUUUUUAUUUUAUCGGAUUGAAAGAAAAAGCCACAAUAUAUUGUGAGAAAAUUGGCUAUAUUAAUCUUCCGUAAUUAUCUUAAAAAAUUGAAUUCGAAUGUA